CACAACCUCUUACCAACACAAACAGACUAAGCUUGGUUUGGUUUAAUUACGUUGCCAUUUUCUGGUCUUGACUUGGUCGCAUUAUACUAUAUGAACUUGAAGAAAAUGGAAGUUUGCGGUGGCUAAGUCUCGGCAACUUCUAUGGCCUACUCUGGUGUCUGGGCAAUGUGUGAGGGAGGAUACAGCGUAGGCAAUUUAAUAAACAAUUUGCAGAAGACAAUUAAGAAGAAUCACAGUGGGAGCAGAAUAAUAACUGUUAUGGAAUUUGAAUCAGACUGGACAAAGCAUAGAAAAUCAUCUGCUCAUACUGCUCAAGUGAUUAGUUCUGCAACAUCGUUCAUGCCUUGGUCUCGUAGAAUCCCAAUUGUUGAAGGAUUUUAUGAAUUUCUUUAGUUACAUGCUUCUCAGUAACACAUUUGCACACUAUUUGGUUGAAAGAUCUCUACUAAAAACUUUCUAGAUAUUUAGUGUAUAAUUGCUGGUUUAAAAAAAAAAUGCCUGAUCUUGCUGUUGGAAAGAAGAGAUUUAUCCAGCCAAAUAUGUGUUUCACCAAUUUGACCAAUCAAGAUAAAUCAACUCUUUCACAAAGUGAUAAUUGUUUCUUCUCCGAAGCACUGAGUGAAGAUUAUAGCCCAAUUCUACCUGGGCUGCCUGAUGAUGUGGCCGAGUAUUGUCUGGCACUUGUGCCUCGUUCCAAUUUCCCUGCUAUGGGGGGUGUCUGUAAGAGAUGGAGAUCGUUUAUUCAAAGCAAAGCAUUCACCACAGUGCGAAAAUUGGCUGGGAUGCUUGAGGAAUGGCUCUAUUUCUUAACAACAGACUGUGAAGAAAAGGAAAGUCAUUGGGAGGUUGUGGAUUGUCUCGGUCGUAAAUGCCGAUCUCUCCCACCAAUGCCGGGUCCAGGAAAGGCUGGGUUUGGAGUGGUGGUUCUUAAUGGAAAGCUUCUUGUUAUGGCUGGUUAUUCAGCUCUUGAAGGAACUGCCUCUGCCUCAGCAGAGGUUCACCAAUAUGAUUCUUGCCUCAAUAGCUGGAGCAGUUUGUCGAACAUGAAUGUGGCUCGUUAUGACUUUGCUUGUGCUGAAGUGAAUGGUCUGGUUUAUGCUGUUGGAGGGUAUGGGGAGAAUGGAGACAGUUUGUCCAGUGCUGAGGUGUAUGAUCCAGAUACUGACGAAUGGACACUGAUAGAGAGUCUUCGCCGUCCGAGAUGGGGUUGUUUUGCUUGUGGAUUUGAGGGUAAGCUCUAUGUGAUGGGUGGAAGGUCAAGCUUCACCAUUGGAAACUCCAAGUUUGUUGAUAUAUACAACCCUGAGAGACACACCUGGUGUGAGAUUAAGAAUGGCUGUGUUAUGGUCACAGCUCAUGCAGUAGUGGGAAAAAAGUUGUUCUGCAUAGAGUGGAAGAACCAGCGGAAGCUGGCUAUAUUCAGUCCAGAGGACAAUUCAUGGGAAAUGGUACCGGUUCCUUUGACAGGGAGCACUAGUGUUGGCUUUCGGUUUGGGAUGCUGGAUGGCAAGUUGCUGCUCUUCCCUCUGCUCGCAGAACAUGCUCAUCAAACAUUGUUGUAUGAUCCGAAUGCAGCUCUGGGGUCAGAGUGGCGAACUUGUGACAUAAGACCAUCUGGUUUGUGCUUGUACUGUGUAACAAUCAAGGCAUGA